CGAGCUCGAAGCAUGCAACGACUGCUUUGGAUUCGUCUCAACGCCACCCGCGGAGGGACCUUUUUGGAAGCGGCUUCGGGGGCCGAGGCGUGAAAUCCGGACGUGCCCAUCUUCGUUUUGAUCCAGAGUAUUCGUCGUUUGUUGGAAUAAGAGCGUCCACAUCCAUCCUGGAGGGAGCCAGUGCUGCGUGUCCAGUGUGGCUACAGUGACUAUAGAUGUCCGGAUCGGGCUCCGAGGCGGCAACAAGCAGCGUCCCGAGCUCUAGCGUCUCCCCUCCGGCGGCCAAGAAGCGACGCCUGCACGCGACUGCCGACUCGAAGACGGGGCACAGCGCCGACGGCACGAUGGGUGGCGCCUGCUCGGGACAGAAGGUGCCCAAGGACGGCUCCGACACGUGCCUGGAGGGCGCCGUUGACCCCUCCUGCUUCGACGUCCUUGUUGACCGCCUGGCCGGCCGGUCACCGAGGCGCACCGCCGAACAGGGGAUGACUGCUCAGAACGGCUCGGGGAACGGCCAGAUGGCGGGCGGCGGACGCGCCAUGUCCGGCGACGGCGCCGACGGCCAGCUGGACGAGGGCCUCUACUCGCGCCAGCUGUACGUGCUCGGCCGCGACGCCAUGCAGCGCAUGGCCGCCUCUAACAUCCUCAUCUCGGGCCUGCGCGGCCUCGGCGUCGAGAUCGCUAAGAACGUGAUCCUGUCUGGCGUGAAGCGCGUGACGCUGCACGACCCGGGCACCGUCGAGGUGGCUGACCUGGGCUCGCAGUUCUUCCUCACGGAGGCAGACGUGGGCCGCGGCCGCGCCGACGCCAGCCUGGUGCCGCUGGCCAAGCUCAACCCGUACGUGAACACGGAGGUGCACGCCGGCGAGCUUGACGAGCCGCUGCUGCGCCAGUUCAGCACGCUCGUGCUGACCGGCGCCACGCUGGACGAGCAGCUGCGCCUCGCGGAGGUGUGCCGCCGCCACGGCGUGGCGCUGAUCGUCGCCGACACGCGCGGCCUCUUCGGCCAGGUGUUCUGCGACUUCGGGCCCGAGUUUGUGGUGCGCGACGCCACGGGCGAGAGCGCGCAGACGGCCAUGGUGGCUGGCAUCACGCGCGACGGCACGGUCAGCUGCCUGGACGAGACGCGCCACGGCCUGGAGGACGGCGACCUCGUCACCUUCUCCGAGGUCAAGGGCAUGGUCGAGCUCAACGACGCGUCGCCCAUCAAGAUCAAGGUUACAGGCCCCUACACGUUCAGCAUCGGCUCCACGGAGGCGUACUCCGAGUACGUGUCGGGCGGCCUGGUGACGCAGGUCAAGCAGCCGGUCACGGUCUCCUUCAAGCCGCUGCGCGAGGCCAUCAAGCAGCCCGAGACCGUGCCGACCGACUUCGGCAAGCUGCACCUCACCGGCCAGUACCACCUGGCCUUCCAGACGCUGCACGAGUUCGAGAAGCGCCACGGCCGGCCGCCGGCGCCGUGGUCGGCCGACGACGCGCGCGCUUUCGUCGCGCUCGCCGCCGAGGUCAACGGCCAGCUGAGCGAGCGGCUGGAGGAGCUGGACGAGCCGCUGCUGAGCGUGUUCGCCAGCGUGUGCGCCGGCGACGUGUGCCCCGUGAACGGCGUCAUCGGCAGCAUCGUGGCGCAGGAGGUGAUGAAGUCGUGCUCCGGCAAGUUCAUGCCCAUCAACCAGUGGCUGUACUUUGACGCGCUUGAAUGUCUGCCCGAGGACCGCAGUCAGCUGACGGAGGAGGAGUGCGCGCCGCGUGGCUCGCGCCACGACCGCCAGGUGGCCGUGUUCGGGCACCGCCUGCAGCAGCGGCUCGGCGACCUCAAGUUCUUCGUGGUUGGCGCCGGCGCCAUCGGCUGUGAGCUGCUCAAGAACAUGGCGAUGCUCGGCGUCGGCACAGGAUCCGGUCACGUGAUACUUACCGACAUGGAUCUGAUCGAGAAGUCCAACCUGAAUCGGCAGUUCCUGUUCCACAAGGAGCACGUGGGCAAGCCCAAGUCUGCCUGCGCUGCCGAGGCUGUUAAGAAAAUGAACCCCAAGAUCAACGUGCUGCACAAGCUGGACCGCGUCGGCCCCGAGACGGAGGCGGUGUUCGACGACGACUUCUUCGAGGCGCUGGACGGCGUGGCCAACGCGCUGGACAACGUGCAGGCGCGCGUGUACAUGGACCGCCGGUGCGUCUACUACCGCAAGCCGCUGCUGGAGUCGGGCACGCUCGGCACCAAGGGCAACGUGCAGGUGGUGCUGCCGCACCUCACCGAGUCGUACUCGUCGUCGCAGGACCCCCAGGAGAAGAGCAUUCCCAUCUGCACGCUCAAGAACUUCCCCAACGCCAUCGAGCACACGAUCCAGUGGGCGCGCGACAUGUUCGAGGGCUCGUUCCGCGUGAGCGCCGAGAGCGCGUCACUCUACCUGAGCGACCCCAAGUUCGUGGAGAAGGCGCUGAAGCUGCCCGGCUCGCAGCCGCUGGACACGCUGGACGCGGUGAAGCGCUGCCUGGUGGACGAGCGGCCGCGCUCGUUCGAAGACUGUGUGGCCUGGGCGCGCUGCCACUUCCAGGAGCAGUUCAGCAACCAGAUCCGCCAGCUGCUGUUCAACUUUCCUGCCGACCAGGUCACCAGCAGCGGCACGCCGUUCUGGUCGCCGCCCAAGCGCUGUCCGCACCCGAUCGAGUUUGACGCCGGCAACGCGCUGCACGUCGACUACGUGCUGGCGGCGGCCAACCUGAAGGCGGCCGUGUACGGGCUGCCGCAGAGUCGCGACCGCGCCGCCGUCGUGGCGCUAGUCCGUCAGGUGCAGGUGCCGGAGUUCACGCCGCAGUCGGGCGUGCGCAUCGCCACCACCGAGGCCGAGGCCGAGGCGCUGACCGGCCAGCUGGACGGCGACGUGCUGCAGCGGCUGCGCGCCGAGCUGCCGCCGCCGGCCGAGCUGCGCCCGCUCUCCGUCACGCCCGCCGAGUUCGAGAAGGACGACGACACCAACUUCCACAUCGACUUCGUGGUGGCCUGCUCGAACCUGCGCGCCGAGAACUACGAAAUCGCGCCGGCCGACCGGCACGAGACGAAGCGGAUCGCUGGCAGGAUCAUCCCGGCCAUCGCCACCACCACCUCGAUGGUGUCCGGCCUCGUCUGCCUCGAGCUCAUCAAGUUGGCGCAGGGACACACCAAGCUGGAGCUGUACAAGAACGCGUUCGCCAACCUGGCGCUGCCGUUCAUCGCGUUCAGCGAGCCGAUCCCGUGUCCGCGGAACAAGUACUACGACCAUGAGUGGACACUCUGGGACCGCUUCGACAUCGACGGCGAGAUGACCCUCAAGGAGUUCAUCGACUACUUCCAGGAGAAGCACAAGCUGGAGAUCUCUAUGCUGAGCCAGAACGUGUCGAUGCUGUACUCGUUCUUCAUGCCGCCGGCCAAGCGGACCGAGCGGAUGGCCAUGAAGAUGUCGGAUGUGGUGCGCACCGUCUCCAAGAAGGAGAUCGAGCCGCACGUGCGCGCGCUGGUGCUGGAGAUGGUCUGCAACGACACGGAAGGCGAGGACCUGGACGUGCCCUACGUCAAAUACAACCUGCCACGCAAGUAGGCGACCGACCCGGCAUCUAACGGCCGCGCAGGCAAGCUGAAGUACGCCCCGGCCCUCGACACUCAACCGGCGGACUGCUUGACUUUGAUAAUGUUAUUGUGACAUGUUUGAUUAGAACAUUUACGAUUGCCAAUACACGGAUUCAGUGAAUUCUC